CUCGCCGCGUUUUAAAUGCAGCGGAGCCGGAGGUGGCCUGCCCUGCCCGCCGAACAGGAAGAGAGAGACAGAGAGAGAGGGGUUUGAUUCGAGCGCAAGCAAGCGCGUCGCACGAGCGCCGCCACCGCCGUUCUUCUGAAGCGCCUAGUCUCUACCCCUCCCUCGCGGCCGCCGCCUCUGCACGGCGGCAAUCUUGGUUCCUGAUCCCUGCCCUGCGCGCUCCUCUGAUCCAUGCAGACAAGAUGAAGUUUGGUGCGACAUAUGAGGAGUAUCUCCGGGCAGAGCAGGACAAGUACCUAGGAAAAUGCUCCCAUGUAGAAUACAAACGCCUCAAGAAGGUGCUGAAGAGAUGUCAAGUUGGUCGCUCAUUGCAAGCAGAUGGCGCAGAUGGUGAUGAGCAGCUGGAGGAUAACGAUGAAUCUUCAGAAGUUUGUGAAUGCAACUCAUGCACAUUGUGUGAUCAGAUGUUCUUUACAGAACUCACCAAGGAGGCAUCAGAAAUAGCAGGCUGUUUCAGCUCUAGAGUAAAACGCCUCCUCCAUAUUCAUGUCCAUUCAGGAUUACAACGCUACAUAUGGCGUGUUAGGCAGUGUUUCAUAGAUGAUCAACAAAUCAUGGUUCAAGAAGGCAGACUGCUUCUCAAUUAUGUGACCAUGAAUGCUAUUGCUAUUCGCAAAAUUCUCAAGAAAUAUGACAAGAUACAUGGUUCUGUGAGUGGCAGAGAUUUCAAGAGCAAGAUGCAAACUGAGCAUAUCGAACUGUUGCAGUCACCUUGGCUGAUAGAACUGGGUGCUUUCCAUCUCAACUGCGAUGAUACAGAUGCUGAUGAACCUGGAGGGUUCUUCAAGAAUGGAUUCUUCAAGAAUUUUUCCUGUGACCUGACAGGAGCACAACCACUACUGGCAAUGACUAUUUCUGAAACUCUGAAGUAUGAGUACAGCCUAACUUGUCCAGUUUGCUUGGACACUUUGUUCAACCCAUAUGCACUUGGCUGUGGGCAUCUCUUCUGCAAAGCUUGUGCAUGUGGUGCUGCUUCUGUCUACAUCUUCCAGGGUGUCAAGUCUGCACCUUUGGAGGCCAAGUGCCCUGUUUGCCGAGCGGUUGGUGUGUUUGGCCAUGCCGUGCAUAUGACUGAACUUGAGUUGCUCCUCAAAACAAGGGACAAAGAUUACUGGAGGCAGAGACUCCGCGAAGAACGAACCGAGAUGGUGAAGCAAUCCAAAGAAUACUGGGACUCACAGGCGAUGCUAUCAAUGGGGAUCUGAAGUUCCAAUCUUACCAAUCCAUUUGUAAUGCUAAUGUUCGUCAAUAAUCAUCAAGAUGGCCAUCAAAGCUUCUCUAGCAUGGGUUCUUCUCUAGCUGAUAACAUUUGUUAAGUGCCAACCAAGGAACUGCCUUGCUAUAACAGAGGUCGUUUUAUUUGAGCCCUGGAGGAAGUAAGCCAGAUCCAUUGCAUUCUGCUGUUGUCCACCUGGCUCAGAUUUGGAAAAAUGUAGGCUGUUGUAUUUCUUUAUAAAGUUAAGUGUUGGAAUGUGAUGCAUUUUGACAUGUAGAACUACAUUUUACCCGCUCAUUUAACUAUUUUCGAAGUCCUGAAAACAAUGGCAAAUACAAAGCAAUUCACUUUA